CUUGCCUUCAUCAAACCCACUUCUUCUUCUUCUAUAAGUUAGCAAGCAGAGAAACAAAAGCCAAAAAAUCCAUGGAUUCAUCGCCCCUUAUCAAUCCCAUUGGGGGUGUGGAGGUGGAACCUGAUUUCCAGAGAGAGAUUAGAAUGGAUGUCCUGACUCUUAUGGGGUAUAAAAACUGGGACAAAAAUUCUCCAUGUUUCAUUCCUAUUCUCAGAAUUCCUAUGUUAUCAGCCUGCUACCACCCCAGCAUGGUAUCCAUUGGGCCUCUCCACAGUGGGGACCAGCAUCUGCACGAAAUGGAGGCUGUCAAACGGUGCUACAUGGACAGCCUCCUUGAACGAGCUGAUGGUCGGCAGGAAACACUAAAAAGGAAAUUGAAGGAUGCUGUAAAAGAGUUGGAAGCUGGUGCCAGGCAAUGCUAUGCAGAAGGAUUAUUAAUGAAAACACUAGUACCGGAUGAUGAUGACCAAAACACAUCAAGGUUUGCCAAAACCAUGCUGAUUGAUGGUUGCUUCAUCAUUGAACUCCUAUUCAGGUUUUGUGAAAAAGACGAAGAAAAAGAAGAUGAUCCCAUUUUGCGCAACUGCAUGAGGCUUGUUCCCAUCAGAAAGGAUUUGCUCCUAUUGGAGAACCAGAUUCCAUUCUUUGUUCUUCAAAAGUUGUUCAAUAUUACCCAGCUUUACAUCUCUCCGGACCCUCCCUUUCCCUCCCUUACUGUUUGUAUAAAGUAUUUCUUUUCUCCUAUUAUGAUGUUACCAGAGGAGGAGAAAGGCCAAACAGAGAACGUGAACAAUUCCUAUUCCACGCUGGCUCAAACAAAGGAGGAGGAGACGGUAGCAAAGGAGGAGGAGGAUGCAACUGUUUCUCAUAUACUCCAUCUUUUACACAAAUUCUGCACCAAAAAGGAGGAGGAGAUGGUACCGAAGAAGGAGGAGGAGGAGGAUGCAACUUUUUGUCAUAUGCUCCAUCUUUUACACAAAUUCUGCAAGCCUUCUCAAGUGCAAACAGCCAAAGAGGUGAAGAACACGGAGUUGGAAUAUUCAGCGACAGAUCUUGAUAUGUUAGGAGUCAAGUUGAAGGCCGCAGCUAAUGUGAAACACCUAUUCGACGUGAAGUUUACUACUGAUCAUUGUUCUUGUGUUCGGCUGUGCAGGAGAGGUUGUUUUCAAAUCCCAUCUUUCGGCAUAUAUGACGACACAGAGACGUUCUUGAGAAACAUGAUUGCUUUCGAGCUAAAUUCCAUGGGUAAGAACCAUUACUACUUCACAUCACAUGCUCUCCUCAUGGAUAAACUCAUCAACACUGCAAAAGAUGUUAAAUUGCUUGAGGAAGCUGGGAUCAUACACAACAAUUUGGGUUCGAGAAAAGAACUGGCUACUCUCUUCAACAAUAUUUGCAAGAAUAUAAAUGCAGAAAAUUACUGCUUCAAUAAGCCGUGCAAAGAUGUAAACGACUACUGCAAGCAAUGCUGCCCAAGCCUCCUAAUUAAACUCAGACGUACUUAUUUCAGUAAUCCAUGGUCAUUCAUAUCUUUAAUUGCUGCUAUCAUCCUCUUUGUGCUCACAUUGCUGCAGACCAUCUACGCCUUGCUUUCUUAUUAUUAAUUAUGUAUAUCUAUGUUGAACUGUGCAAUAAUGUGGACUACUAUGCCUGUGCUCCUUACGUAUCUGUCUCAGUGGCCUGGAUCGAUCGAUCAGCAGAAUGUUGUCUUUAAUUAACACAGCAUGCCGCUCGCUAGUAGUUUUAAUAAACUGUAUCUGAAUUCUAGCUC